UAAAGUAUACAUGAAAAUUGGAAAAAGUAGUAUGAGUAUGUUUGAAUUACGUUAAUGAAAUGGGUAAAACAAUAAGCAAAAAUUUUGAUAUUUGUUCUAACGAAUAUUGUAUGAGAUUUGUUGGAAAAGAAUCAAUAUCAAUAAAUGAUCCAUUUUGGAAUAGAUUCUUAUCAUUUACAUUAGUAACACCCAUCACCAGUGAUGAUCAGCUAGCUCUUGAAACAAAGAUUGAACCCUUAUGCCAAGAACUUUUGAAAAAUAAUUUGAAAACUGGAAAUCUUAAUUCUCUGAUUCGAAUUUUCAUCACCAGAUCUUCAGAGUUGUUAUCAGCAGCAAACACAGAUGCAAACAUAUUCACAUGGCAGCUUUUCAAUUCAAUUCUUGCUGUAAGAUGUGUGCUGAAGUUUUUAUCACAAGAAAUUACUGAGAUACAAUUUAUUAAGCACAUUGAAGUGAAUGAAAAUGAAAAUAUAUUUGAAACCCUCAUUGGCACACUUGUUGGAAUCAUUGUGGACAUUCCUGUUGAAAAUAAAACCUAUCUAAUACAUUUGGAAGCAAUAUCUUGCUUGUUGGUAUGCCUUUCUGUUCAACAUAAUUCUGGAGAAAGGUUGGAGCAGAGUACCAUUUUCAGACUGAUGAUGAAAGGAAGGCAUGUUAUACAUGCUCCUAUACUAGUUAGGAGUCUUCUCACAAAUUUCAUCAAUCAAGAAAAGUUACCACCUGAAUAUUCUGGAAAUGAUGGUCACAACAUAGUAUUUGGUUUGGCUUCAAAUAUUUGGUCUAUGUUGACAUUCAGUAAAACACCAACAGAUGAACUUGUGAUUAGAAAUCAGAAUGAUUUUAUGGAAGCCCCUCUAGCUACACAAAGCUUAUUAUUAUUACUAGUACUUGUCCAUCAUUUUACUACCCAUCCAAAUCCAUACAGAAAUAGCUUAUUUUCCUGCCUAGAUAGUCAAGAUAGUAAUCCAGUGCCACCAAAGAACGUUUCUACAUUAUUUAAAGUCGAUUACAAUUCUUUAUAUAAGACAAUAUGGAAAAAGGCAUCUGGUGAUGCUGCAACAUUACUACUGUAUUCACUAUUGCAUAAAAAUAUAUCUUUCAAAUCAUUCGUAUUACAAAGAUUAGAUUUGGAUAAUUUGAUUUUACCAAUUUUGAAAGCUCUAUACAAUGCUCCCAACAGCAAUUCGCAUCAUAUAUACAUGUCCCUUAUAAUUUUACUCAUUUUGAGCGAAGAUGAUGAUUUUGAUAAAACCGUUCAUGAUGUGAAAUUGAGAAGUGUUGACUGGUAUGUGGAAAAAUCGUUGACAGACAUUUCGCUCGGUGGUCUUAUUAUAUUAGUACUAAUAAGAACAGUGCAAUAUAACAUGUUGAAGAUGAGAGAUAAAUAUUUGCAUACAAACUGUCUAGCAGCCUUAGCCAAUAUGUCAUCCCAGUUUAGAGAUCUUCAUCCGUAUGUAUGUCAACGGUUAUUAUCCGUUUUUGAAUCGCUGACGAAAAAGUAUCACAGACUGACUACUCUUCCAAAGUACAAAGAUGCUCCAGAAGAAACAAAAGUUGAUCUAACCACUAGUCAAGAAGCAGCAGAUGCUGAACAGGAUGUUUCAGUAUUAGAAGAAGUGAUAAGAAUGUUAUUGGAAAUUUUGAAUUCGUGUUUAAUAGCGCAGAUAGGAAAUAACUAUAACCUUAUUUAUAGUUUGUUGUACAAUAAACACAUGUUUAAUGCCCUCAAAAAUGAUGUGGUAUUUCAAGACAUAGUACAAAAUAUCAAUUCAGUGAUACAGUAUUUUUCCCAAUUACUACACGAUAAAUCAAAAGAGCAUGAAGUGGAUGCCCCGCGAGUUCUGCUUGUCGUUCAGGAAGGAACAAGAAGUUGGCCCAGAGAGAGGUUAACGAAAUUUCCUGAGCUCAAAUUCAAGUAUGUUGAAGAGGACCAACCUGAAGACUUUUUCAUUCCGUAUGUGUGGGCCCUUGUCAAUCAACAGUCAACUUUGAAUUAAGCUUAUGUACUUAUAUAUACAUAUCUGUACAUUUGUAAAUAAUACGGAUUAAUAUAUUUAUAUAAUAAUUAAAAAUUA